CCCUCUCUCUCUCUCUCUCUCUCUCUCUCUCUCUCCCUCCCUCCCUCUCCCUUUGUUUCUCUGUCUCUCUCACCCUUUCCACCUUUAGAAAUUUAAUGAGAAAAGUUAUGAUAUAAUCCAAAUCCAUUCCAAAAUCCAAACUACGGUAUUCACACCUUCCUUCUCUUCUUCUGUGUGUCUCUGUAUUACUAGUUUCUUCUUCAAACAAAGUUGAGAGGCUUCUUCUAUUUUCUUAUCAUUUUGUUGGGUAGGCUGUAAAUCUUUAUCCUCCACUCACUUCCCCUUCUCUGUUAUGGCUCAGUAUAUCAACCUCCUUUCUCCAACUUACUCAUUAUUCUUCCUUUUUUUAUAACCUCUUUCUUUACCCUCCAUGUACCUUCCUACAGCUUUCUCUUGCUAUUUAAUCACUAUAUUUUAAUCCUCCUUCCUCUUCCCAUUGUUGAUAAAAAGUGAAACAAGUUCUCUUCUUGCUUGUAACCAUGGUCUAUAUUUGCUUCACAUGAUACUCUUCUUCUAGCCCACGGUUCAGAUAUCAGAACCCUUUUCAGGAGUUUGUAAAGAACAAAAGUUGAAAAAAUGGCAAAGGAGUAUAGUGGCUCACCAAAGCAUCACCAUAUCGAGUCAAGAAGGAAACGGGUGACAUGGAUUCUUGCUGUCAGUGGACUAUGCAUUUUAUCAUACAUGUUUGGGGCAUGGCAGAGCACCACAACGCCGAUCAACCAAUCCGAAGCAUAUUCCAAAGUCGGUUGCCCCGAUCAAACAUUUCCAUCCACCAACACACAAUCCAAAGCCCAAUCCUCUACACCGACGCGUUCGCUCGACUUCGACAGCCACCAUGGCGUCGAAAUCAACAAUACCAUUGAAGCAGUCACCAAAACGAUCUUUCCCUGCGACAUGUCGUUUAGCGAAUACACUCCCUGUCAAGAUCCGACUAGAGCAAGGAAAUUUGAUCGGACUAUGUUGAAAUACAGAGAACGCCAUUGUCCUGCAAAGGAAGAACUACUCCACUGUAUGAUUCCGGCGCCACCGAAGUACAAAACGCCGUUCAAAUGGCCGCAGAGCCGCGAUUAUGCUUGGUAUGAUAAUAUUCCUCAUAGAGAACUUAGUAUUGAGAAAGCGGUACAGAAUUGGAUUCAAGUUGAAGGCGAUCGUUUCCGAUUUCCCGGCGGCGGCACGAUGUUCCCCCGCGGCGCCGAUGCUUAUAUUGACGACAUUAACGAGCUGAUUCCUCUUACUACAGGGAAGAUUCGAACCGCCAUUGAUACUGGCUGUGGGGUAGCAAGUUGGGGUGCUUAUUUGCUAAAGAGGGACAUCGUGGCCAUGUCCUUUGCCCCAAGGGAUACUCAUGAAGCUCAAGUUCAGUUUGCUCUAGAACGUGGAGUUCCUGCCAUGAUUGGUAUCAUGGCUUCUCAGAGACUCCCUUACCCGGCUCGUGCUUUCGACAUGGCUCAUUGCUCUCGUUGUUUGAUUCCCUGGGGUAAAAAUGAUGGGUUGUAUUUAAUUGAACUCGAUAGAGUUUUGAGGCCGGGUGGCUAUUGGAUUCUCUCUGGGCCCCCGAUUCGUUGGAAGAAAUAUUGGAGAGGUUGGGAAAGAACACAAGAAGACUUGAAAGAAGAGCAAGACACCAUUGAAGAAGUUGCAAGGAGACUAUGCUGGAAGAAAGUGAUUGAGAAGAAUGAUCUUGCAAUAUGGCAGAAGCCCCUCAAUCACAUCCAAUGCAUCAAGAACAAGAAAGUCUACAAAACACCCCACAUUUGCAAAUCAGACAAUCCUGAUGCUGGCUGGUACCGAAAUAUGGAAACUUGCAUUACUCCAUUGCCAGAAGUGAACGACUCUGAAGAAGUUGCUGGUGGGGCAGUUGAAAAUUGGCCGGAGCGAGCAUUGGCCGUACCACCACGAAUCAGUAGAGGAACAAUACCAGGCAUCACCGCAGAAAACUUCGAAGAAGACAACAAACUAUGGAAGGAGAGGAUUACAUAUUACAAAAAGAUGAUCCCAUUAGCACAAGGACGGUACCGAAACAUAAUGGACAUGAAUGCAAAUCUCGGCGGAUUCGCAGCCGCUUUAGUCAAGUUCCCAGUGUGGGUAAUGAACGUUGUCCCUGCAAAUUCAGACCGUGACACUUUAGGUGUAAUAUACGAACGUGGCUUGAUCGGAACGUACCAAGAUUGGUGUGAGGCGUUCUCAACAUACCCAAGAACGUAUGAUCUAAUCCAUGCCAAUGGCAUAUUUAGCAUAUAUCAAGAUAGGUGUGAUAUAACUCAGAUUCUAUUGGAGAUGGAUAGAAUAUUGAGGCCAGAAGGGACAGUAAUAUUUAGGGAUACAGUUGAAGUAUUGGUGAAGAUUCAAACAAUAUCAGAUGGAAUGAAGUGGAAGAGUCAAAUUAUGGAUCAUGAAACUGGGCCAUUUAAUCCUGAGAAGAUUCUUGUGGCUGUUAAAACUUAUUGGACUGGUGAAACCAACCAACAACAAGAGAAACAAGCAUAGUCAUUUUUUAAAUUAAGAUUAUAAUUACAACAGUUUGUUCUUUUUUUUUUCUUUUUUUCUUCUUAAUUUUUAAAUUUUACUCCACAUUUUUCUCGCUUAGGUGUGUGUACUUUUUCUUCUAUUUCCUGUUCCUAUUUUGUAAUUUUCUAUCUAAUUUUUUUUAAUAUAAGAAAUAUUUAUAUCA